ACAACUCUGCAAUAGUUUGGUGAAAUGUAGCCCAUUCACGGAAGCGCGUCGAAAAUUCGAUAGCAAUAAACAAGAUGGCAGCGUCCUUAGCUUGGCUGUCAAGUUUGGUUUGAAAAAAAUCGGUACUCGUCAAAACAGUCCAUUGGAUUCUAUGUUAACAAUUUUGGUGACAUUAAGCAAUGACGAUGGAUAAAAUCAGGAAUAAAAUAAAAAAGCCAGGAAGGAUUGAAAAUAUAGAUGACUCCGAUCUGUUGGAAUUCCGCAGGUCCUCAGAGGGUGCCCCCUCCUCAUCUGUAUCAUCCAAGGCUGUUCUGCCACGGUCAGUGCCUAAUCACCUGCUGUUCAUCUCCAUCUUGGAGCAGCUCUGCACCAUGUACAGCCGCGACACCAAACAGGCCCAGGAUGUCUUCAGAUGUAGGUUACACACUCACACUGUCUUCAGAUUGUUGUGUGAGCAGCUCGAGAGACUGCACGUGGUGUCCCCAGUGCUCAGGUUGGACGAGAUGUCCAGUUUGAGGGCCCAGUACCGACACAGUGUUCACCGCAUGCUGGUGGCAGCACUACACAAGUCAAACAGUAUAGGCAAGAAUCUCUCAUUAGCAGCUCCUGGCCAUAUAGCUCCAUUAAACAGUUUCAGCCUUCACCCUCAACCCUCUUGCGGUCCGGAGAGCUUCAUCAACCAGACAUCGCGCUAUGAGACAGAGUUUGUGGAGAUAGAGAAGAUAGGCAGGGGUGGCUUUGGAUCUGUCUACAAGAGCCGGAACAAGCUGGAUGGGAAGCUCUAUGCUGUGAAGGUGGUCAAGUUCAAACACUCAAAGCCGGAGAAUAUCUUCAGGGUGCUACGAGAAGCCAAGGCCCUUGCUAACCUCCAGCACACAAACAUAGUGGGCUACAACUCCUGCUGGCUCGAGUAUGGACCCAAGCCGGCUGUGCCUAGAAAUACAUCUCUAAGAGCUAUGGUUGAUGGGGACCAGAAGAGCGACUCUUCAUCAGAUGAUGGCAUUGUCUUUAAACACGAUGUUGAUACAGUGGACAUUCUUAGGCCAUUAGGCAAACCCAUAACUAACGGACCAAAAAUCAAAGAAAUCAACUCAAAUUGCUCAAGUCUAGCAACAUCUCCACAAACUGAAAUUUUUCGAAGUCCACCAAAAUGGACUUUAAAUGUUCGUGAAACUGAGCAAGAAUUUAGCAUUACAGAAUCAGCCUCCAUCUUUCAAAUGAACAGAUCUGUGGUGUCCCAGCAAUGUUCAAACAUGACUUCUAGUUUGGAUCCUUGUUCACAGUCAUACAUGACAGUGUCCCAGUAUAGUCAAGACUCAAGGCUAGCUGGUCGAAAGGUGGAAUUUGAAAUUGAGUCCCAUAGUGAUUCUAUAGAAAUGGAUGGAAGUGCUAGUCCGAAGCGUCAAGGACGUUCAGAUAGAGUGUACACCAGAAGCAUUAGCUGUGAUCCAUAUGUCUCAGGGGAAGUGAAUGCUCCAAAAACGAAUCUAAUCAAGGAUUUCAAUGAAAGUGAUUUCCCUUUAAAGACCACUGUGAAGCUGUACAUCCAGAUGGAGCUGUGUGGACUCACACUGAAGGACUGGAUGCAGGAGCGCAACUACAAGCUCAGUCCCAGCGAGAUGGUGGCCCGCACCAGCCAGAACAUGAACAUCUUUAAGCAGAUCCUGAAGGCAGUGGACUACAUUCACUCACAGGGAAUCAUGCACAGGGAUCUGAAGCCAAGAAACAUCUUCCUUAUGGAGAAUGAAAAUAAUUGUGUGAAGGUGGGAGACUUUGGUCUUGCCACAGAUGACAUUCUCAGUAGUCCUGUAUCCUGUAGCAGUUCCUUCUAUGAUCUUGAGGCGGCUGCAACCAGAUUGGUGAGAACUGCAAGCGUUUUGUCUGACCACACGACGGGGGUUGGAACGUCGACUUAUGCAGCGCCAGAACAGCUUGAGAGCUCAAUGUACAAUGCUAAGUGUGAUGUGUACAGCCUUGGGGUGAUACUGUUUGAACUGUUCCAAGUGUAUGGUACCGAAAUGGAGCGACAUCGCAGUAUAGCUGAUCUGAGAAACGGAACUAUUCCUGAGGCAACGCACACAAACUGGCCUGUCCAAACUAGAUUUAUCCAGUUGAUGACCAACCCGAAUCCCGAAGUCCGCCCAUCUGCCAGAGAUAUGCUUCAAGGGGAGUUGUUUGUGAGCAAGGACCAGAUUAUAGCGGAAAUGAAGGCCAAGGAAGUGGAUUAUGUGAGGACAAUUGAAUGUCUGAAGAAACAAGUGCAGGAGAGAGAUGAAAUUAUUCAGAAACUAUUAGAUGCAUUAAAAAUUGAGAGUUUACCAACUUGAGGAAAUAAUAGUGAAUUUAGUGAACUUAUUGAAUGAAAAUUAAUGAAAAAACAUACUAGUGAGCUUAUACUUUUUUGUUUGAUUUUUGCAAGCUUGUUAUAUUUCCCAAGUUAAAUAAAUUAUUUUAAGAGUAUUGAUGGAUAUCACACAUAAUUGUAGAUAAAAGCAUGGUUGUGGGUUAAGUUUCGAUCUCAGUGUCUUAAUCUGCGCUGGUUCCGUCAGGAUUUUAUAUCCAUGUUUCAGCGGGAAGACUACAUGUUCAUAUUUUAAUGUUAAAGUAGAUUGCAAUUAUAGUAUACUUGAUUCAUGAGAAUCAUUUGAAGGUUCUCAAAGGUUGUGAAUUCCAAUCGGGCUAGAGCUUUUUGCAUAAUUUUUUAAUGCAUACAGAUGUGUUUGUCUGGUUGAAUGCACAAUUUGAUUUCAGAAGAAAAAAUCUAAUAAAAGAUUCAAAUUUU